UUUGAGCGCACCCCUUCAACCAAUCGGGUUUGUCCGAAUUUACCGUAUUAAAGCGAGCGUGUCACCACCACCGUAAACCGAUAAACUACAGACACUUUGAACACAGCUUCACCAGAACCUCUCCUCUGGCAAAUACUGGGCAGCACAAGACAAAUUUAAUUUGUGCUCAAUAAGAUGUUGUUGACGAGGAUCCCUGCUAUUCCCGGAAGACUGAGCUUCCACGCUCAAUUGGCUCUUUCCGGGAGAAAGUCGCUUCGUUGUUUUGCUUCAGAAGCCAACACUCAGCGCGUUCGUAUGAAUAAUUUGGAACAGAACAGUUUCAUCAACUAUGAACGGCUAAAACAAAACUUGGACAUUGUCAAGAAGCGUCUUAACAGACCUUUGACAUACUCCGAAAAGAUUCUUUACAGUCAUUUGGACGAUCCUAAAAAUCAAGACAUCGAACGUGGUGUCUCGUACCUUCGUCUUCGUCCUGACCGUGUCGCUUGCCAAGAUGCCACGGCCCAGAUGGCUAUUCUUCAGUUCAUGUCCGCCGGAAUGCCUGAGGUUGCUGUCCCUACGACAGUUCAUUGCGAUCAUUUAAUUGAGGCCUUUUCCGGCGGCAAAAAGGACUUGGCUCGCGCUGAGACCACAAACAAGGAGGUUUACGACUUUUUGUCGUCCGCUUGUGCCAAGUACAACAUUGGCUUCUGGCGUCCUGGUUCCGGUAUUAUCCAUCAAAUUAUUCUCGAGAACUACGCCUUCCCUUACAGUCUGCUUAUCGGUACUGAUUCCCACACGCCCAAUGCCGGUGGUCUGGGCCAAGUUGCCAUCGGUGUCGGUGGAGCUGACGCUGUCGAUGUCAUGGCUGAUUUGCCUUGGGAGUUGAAAUGCCCCAAGACGAUUGGUGUGAAGUUGACGGGCAAGCUUAACGGCUGGACUGCUCCUAAGGAUGUUAUUCUUAAGGUUGCCGGUAUUCUUACCGUGAAGGGUGGUACUGGUGCCAUUGUUGAAUACUUUGGUCCUGGUGUUGAAUCUCUUUCAUGCACAGGUAUGGCUACUAUUUGCAACAUGGGUGCCGAAAUUGGUGCUACAACUUCCAUCUUCCCCUUCAACAAGCGUAUGUCGCAAUACUUGCGGGCAACGAACCGUGGCCCCAUUGCCACGCUUGCCGAGCAAUAUGGCAGUGUCUUUGCUGCUGACGGCGAUGCUCACUAUGACGAGGUUGUCGAGAUUAACUUGGACGAAUUGGAGCCUCACCUGAACGGUCCCUUCACUCCUGACUUGGCAACUCCCGUCUCCAAGUUUAAGGAUGCCGUGAAGAAGAACGAUUGGCCCGCUGAGCUCAAGGUCGGUCUGAUCGGUUCCUGCACAAACUCUUCCUACGAGGAUAUGACUCGUGCCGCUUCCAUUUGCCAACAAGCUUUGGACAAGGGCAUCAAGGCCAAGUCUAUCUUCACUAUCACUCCUGGUUCCGAACAAGUGCGUGCUACCUUGGCUCGUGAUGGUCAAUUGGAGACCAUGAGCAAGGCCGGUGGUAUUGUUCUUGCCAAUGCCUGUGGUCCCUGUAUUGGUCAAUGGAAGCGUACCGAUGUGAAGAAGGGUGAGAAGAACUCCAUUGUUACUUCUUACAACCGUAACUUCACUGGCCGUAACGAUGCCAAUCCCGCUACUCAUGCUUUCGUUACUUCCCCUGACAUUGUUACUGCCAUGGUGUUCGCUGGUGACAUGCGUUUCAACCCUCUUACCGAUACUUUGAAGGAUGCCAAUGGCAAUGACUUCAAGUUUGAGCCUCCCUCUGGUGAGGGUCUUCCUUCCAAGGGUUACGAUGCCGGUGCCAACACAUACGUUAAGCCUGAUCCUGCUUCGGCUAAGGAUGUCGUUAUUGACCCUCAGUCGAACCGUCUCCAACGCUUGAAGCCCUUUAGCAGAUGGGACGGCAAGGAUGCCACUGGCAUGCGCAUCCUCAUCAAGGCCAAGGGCAAGUGUACUACCGAUCACAUUUCUGCCGCUGGUCCCUGGUUGAAGUACCGUGGUCAUCUGCAAAACAUCUCCAACAACUAUAUGAUUGGUGCCAUCAACUCUGAGAACGGCGAGGCCAACAAGUUGAAGAACUUGGAGACCGGUGAUUACGCUUCCGUUCCCGAGGUUGCUCUUUACUACCGCGACCACGGCAUUCGUUGGGUUACCAUUGGUGAGGAAAACCUUGGUGAGGGUUCUUCUCGUGAGCAUGCUGCUUUGGAGCCCCGUUACUUGGGUGGCACUGCCAUUAUCACCAAGUCGUUUGCCCGUAUCCACGAGACCAACUUGAAGAAGCAAGGUCUCUUGCCUCUCACCUUUGCUGAUCCUUCUGCUUACGACAAGAUUAACUACAACGACAAGGUUGACAUCUUGGGUCUCACUGACUUUGCUCCCGGCAAGCCUUUGACCCUUAAGGUUCACCCUGCCGACGGUUCUGCCGCAUGGACGACUACCUUGAACCACACCUUUAACCAGGAUCAAAUUGAAUGGUUCAAGGCUGGAAGUGCUUUGAACCACAUGGCUGAUGUCCGUAAGAACUAAACUAUGCUAGUGGCUACUUGCAAAUUUUGAUAUCGCCUACGGGUAUGUUAUGGCGUUUCGCAGCACCGGGAUUCGGUUUCACGAAAACAUAAUGGUAUGGCUUCUCUGCUGUGAAUGAUUUGGUCAAGGCGAUGUGAUGUCUAAAGCUGGUCGUAUCGUCUCUCUAUGACUAUUGCUCUGCACAUCAGGAACUCUUAUGUAUGUACCGCGUAAUGGUUCACAGAAGUACUGCAAAUUGUGCUUCACAGGUUUAGGUAAUGAAACAUAAAUUUCUCUCAACUACAA